UGUAGACAUUGUAUUUUGGAUGGAAGAGUCCCUACAUCCUGAAAAUCAAGAAAUACUUCAAUGUUCAAACCACUAACUGGUUCUGAGGAGGGAAAAUGGUUAGAGGAGAAGUAUGCUGAUAUAGACUAUGAGAGUUCUAAGAGCUGCAAAACUUCAAGAUCAAAGAAAGAUACAAGACCAGAGCAUGUUACAGUGCAGUCUAAAUGUUCCAGUAGCAAUACAAAGGCCUCAGAAAAACAGCAGGGGAAGAAGAGGUGUCAUGGCUUCAUUAACAAUCUAGGAGAUAGAGAAAAGCAGGCAGAAUCAUCAGAAUCUGAUGUGGAAAUUAUUGAAGAAGAAAAGAAUAUCCCUCAGAAUGACAGUUUGUUUAAGCCACUGAGAGGAAAUGAAGAGGCAGAAAGAUUGGAAGUCAAAUAUAAAACAGCAUUUGAAGCUGAAGAUGAAGUACAGAAAUGUUCCACAGCAAAGAAACCCAAACUGACAUUUAUAACUUCAGAAAAUACCCCAGGAAAAUGUAGAGGAACAUUAAAGAAUGUGGAUAGUACCAAAAAGCCAAUUACACCCAUACAAUCUGAAAUAAAGGCACAAAGAUUGGCUGCCCUUGAAUACAGUCCUGAUACAGGGGAGGACAAAAGUUUCACACAUAUAAAACACAAUGCAGGUUUUGAUGCAGAAGAGUUUGAAAAACCAAGGUUUAGGGGCAGAAUUCCUCCAGCUGCAAAAGUCCCCUUCAAGUUGUCUAACCCAAGAGAUGACAGACAGAUAGAGGUUCCAGCUCCUUUGAAUCAGCAUUUAAGGGAUUACCAGAGAGAGGGGAUAAUAUUCUUAUAUGACCACUACAAGGAAGGAAAAGGGGCCCUUCUGGGGGACGACAUGGGGCUGGGGAAAACUGUACAGGUCAUUGGUCUACUAGCAGCACUACUUGGGAAAAAGUGCAAUAAGACGGACAUCAUGAAACAAAAACCAAGAUUCAUCAGAGAGAUGUCAGAUGACAGUCUAGAGGAAAAGCUAGAGGAAGACACAAUAUACAGAUGUCGGCCAUUUCUAAUUAUUGGUCCAGGGAGUGUGCUGUAUAACUGGAUGGAUGAAUUAGAAGUCUGGGGGUAUUUCACAGUGGGGAAAUACCAUGGCGGUGAGAAGUCUGAAUGCUUGUCCAAAUUAGAAAAACAAAGUUUAGAAAUAGUUGUGACUACUUUUGAAACUUUCAGAGAAAACCUGAGUGAACUGAAUUCAGUGGAAUGGGAAGCUGUUAUAACUGAUGAAGUUCACAGAAUCAAGGGAUUAAAAGCCCAGGUGACCAAUGCUCUACGGUCAAUAAAGACCCGGCGUCGGUUCGGACUGACAGGAACAGCUUUACAGAACAAUAUGAGGGAACUCUGGAGCAUUUUAGACUGGGUUCAGCCUGGUUGUCUUGGCAGCAUUGAUUUAUUUACAGAGGAGUUUGUGGUUCCUAUAGAAACUGGACAGAAAAGAGAUGCCACAAAGAGGGAACUGGCUAUGGCCAGAAAAGUGAAAGAGAAAUUUGCUGCCAUCAGAAAUAAGAUCAUGCUUAGAAGAACUAAACAACUGAUUGCUGAUCAACUGCCACAAAAAGAUGACAAUGUAGUGUUCUGUCGCUUGAGUGACCUACAAGAACAGGUGUACCAGUUUACCCUGGAACACCCAGGCCUGGUACAUGUGAUGUCAAUGGAUGAUCCUUGUCACUGUGGAAGUGGGGAACCCCGUAAAAACUGCUGUAAGCAAGUGACCAAGGAGGUGACAGUUACGGGGUUACAGUUUAUUUUUAUGCACCUCCUGCUGAAGGUCUCUAACCAUGCUGCUCUUUUAAUUGAGAAUCCACACCGUGAGCUGUCCAAGUACUCCAAGAUGGUCUGUAAAGCUGUGUUUGAGGAGUUCCCUCACUUUUACAACCACACAAAGGAGUCGGCAUUUAGAACUUUGUCUGAUCCUAAAUAUUGUGGCAAAAUGAGGAUCCUGCAGAGAUUGCUGAAAGUUUUCCAAAGAGACCACAGCAAGGUGCUCAUCUUCUCCUACAGUACCAGGGUAUUAGACAUUAUCGACCAGUAUCUGAUCACAACUGGGUAUGAGUAUCGUAGAUUAGAUGGCAGCACUAGUAUGUCCAAGCGGUCAAUGCUCGUCAGAGAAUUCAACAGAGAUCCAAACAUCUUUCUGUUCUUAAUCUCAGCAAAAGCAGGGGGAUUGGGUUUAAAUUUGACAGGCGCCAACAGAGUCAUCAUUUUUGAUCCAAGCUGGAAUCCAACAAAUGACCUCCAAGCUCAAGAUAGGGCUUACAGGAUUGGUCAAUGGCGCGAUGUACAUGUGUACAGAUUGAUAUCAUCUGGUACCAUAGAAGAAAACAUCUACCUGAGACAGGUGUACAAACAGCAAUUAGACAGUGUAGCAGUUGGGACUGAAAAUGCCAGGAGAUACUUCAGAGGGAUAGCUGGUGACAGGAAGAGGUACGGGGAAUUGUUCGGAAUAAAGAAUAUGUUCCAGCUCCACACAGGCGACUCCAGUAGAACAAUGGAGAUACUUAGGCAAAAUGAGAACCUUGAACAGAGUCUCACAGAGUUUAGAAUGGCCAAGUAUGUACCAGGGGCCAGCCGCAGAUUUAGUGUGGAGGAGGAUGAGAUGGAAGACAUGAUUGAAGAAUCCCAGACAGGCGAGGAAGAAGACGAAGACUAUUUGUCCAGAUAUCUUGAUUUACACCACAGUGAUAGUGAGGCAGAGGAGGUCAAAGGUAAAAUGUCAGAGGUCAAAAUCAAGAGAAAGAACAGUAAAGGAAAGGAUUCCCCCACAAAAGAAGGAACUCUCUUAGGUGAGGAGGAUGUUGUUCAUGUGUUGAAGAAUCGUAAGAUUGUGGGAGGGAGUCGCGCUGAGGAUCACAUGUCGCGGUGUGCUAUGCAGGAUGUUUUUGAGCUCCAUCAGAAUUCACAGGAAUUGGCUGCCCACUGCCAGCCAUUAUCAGAGCCUGAUAGUGAGGAGGAUAAAAAACAAAACAAACGAAAACAACAAACUUCUUACACCACAACGAUAGGCAAUAAAACGGUGCUGAUUGGUCAAACCCCUCCUCUAAUUAGGAUGAAGCAUUUUCAAGAGAUGACAGAAUUUAAGAAAAAGAAGACCAUGGUGGAGUUUGCCGAGGAGGUUUUGAAAUCUUCCUCACAGGAAAGAAAAAAUAUAUUAGAGUGUUUUUACAAGCACAUACAUCCUGACAUUACCCAGGUCUUCCUACAGAAAGAACCAAUAAGAACUACCACAACAUCAGAAACAAGCAAUAGGACAGGUCAGUCUCCAAUGGAUUCCAAUAAAGAGAGACAGCGAAAGAAGAGAAAGGGUGUGAUGCAGAAAUCACCCAUAAAACCAUCAUCCUGUGCUGUCUCAAAAGAAACAAUUAUGACUGAGGUCAAAAAACAAGGUGUCAAGGCGGUCAGAAAAAGUAAACCUCCUCUCUUUGUACCAAGUUACAUUGAGAUUAAUGAAGAUGAAACAAUGGAUGCCUCACACAACAAUGCGGAUUUCAGCACAGAUGAUCUGCUGCAGGAAAUAGCCAAGCAGAGUGAUGAAAAGAUUGCUGAAGUGGCCAGUCAGAAAGAGGAAAAAGUGACUGAAAUGGAUGAAGGGAGAGUCAGGGUAGAGAGUGAAGGACCUAGUACCUCAGAAACAUCAGUUUUGGAUGAACUCUUUUCUUCUUCCUUUAUGGCAAGAAUUCAAAGAAAACCAGCACCAAAGAAGAAUAGACAAGGCAAGACUACAUGUGAUGGAUCUGAUGAACUGUUUUCAGACUCUUCUUCAGCUAAAGAAGAGGUUGGGGAUGAAGGAAGAAUUAGAGUGGACAACACAUUAAAGGAUGAUGAUUUAGAUUGUUUUACUGAUCCAUCAAGGAAAAAGAGGAAGGGGUCAAGGGCACAGAAGAUUGUGUCAAGGUUAAUUGAAGAGAGUGAGGCCACAUACAACAGACUUCCUAAAGUGGCAAUUGGAAGUCAGUUAGAUCAAGUGGAAUCAUGUGAUAGAAGUCCAAGUCUAUUUUGAUUAUUUGAAAAAUAUGUAUAAAACACAUACAUGUGGACUGUGCUUUUUAUUCCAGUCCAGAAAAAUUUCAGGGCUAGGGAUAACUUCUAAGCUCCCUGUUCUUACAUCUUUUAUGCUGAAAUAUGUUUGAAGUGAAGUCUUUUUUAACAAGAAUCUUGUUUUUAAAGGUUUGGAAAAUUCUUUAUAAUCAACAGAAGCAUUGAGAGAAUUAGCAUUAUGAUGUAUUGUUAUCCAAGAUGGACUGUUUUAUUUUAUUUUCAUGAUUUUAAUAUUAUAUUAUUUUAGAACUGCUGUUUUUAUAAAUUUAAUUAUACAUUUAAUUUGAAUGAAACACAAACCUAUGUGUAUCUGUAACAUUUCUUUCAAGUAAUAUCUAACAAGGUUAAAAAUGUCUAGUAGCAUCUGCAAACAUGUACAUGUAAUUUUUGAAAGGAGAUAUAGCAUGUCAUUGAGUGGUAUGGUACCACUAUGCUAUUUUUAGAUCAACUGAGUAACUUAGAUUACCUAUUAGUAUCUGUUCCUGUCUUUUCGUUGUGCAUUGGGUGUAAACUUUUGAACAUUUUCAGCAUUUUCUCUGGAAGCACUGAACCAAUUUCAACCCAUUCUGAUGAAUAGUAUCUAUGAGAAAAGAGAACAGAAAAUGUGAAUUUUAUAUUCUCUGCCUCCCUAGGGUUGGAGGUGGAACCAAAAACAUCAAAAUUAAUGUUAUCUUCAGAUUUCUUUUUUACUCUAGACAUUAAGCAGUCAAAAUGCAUGAUUAUGCUAAGAAAUGAGCCCUCUAUGAAAAUUUAUGAAAUUCAGUGCCCCUGGGUACAGGGUUCAGGUGCCAGGAUGAGGCUAUAUUGGUAUUAUAUAUUGAAAAUGCAUUACAUCUUAUAAAAUCUUUUUUCCUUUUUCUAGAAAACAAACUGUUUGCAUGAUUAUAAUGACUACUGAAUAAUUGACCAAAAUUGUGAAAUUCAUACCCCCUUGUUGCAUGACUCAGGCCCCAAGAUAGGGCUUACAUGUAUAUGGUCAUAUAUUGAAAAUGCAGUACAUUUUAAGCUCACCUGAGCCGAAGGCUCAAGUGAGCUUUUCUGAUCAGAGUGUCAGGCGUCGGUCUGUCAUCCGUCAUCUGUAAACUUUUCACAUUUUUCGACUUCUUCUAAAGAACCACAGGGCUAAUUUCAACCAAACUUGCCAAAAGGCAUCCUUGGAUGAAGGGGAUUUAAGUUUAUUCACAGGAAGUGGCACACCUUUUUUCAAGGGGGGAUAAUUACAAAUUCCUGAAAAUCUUUUAAAAGUCUUCUCUAGAACAGCAAAGCCAUGAUUAGUCAUAUUUAUGUGGAAGUAUCCUCAGGUAGUGUAGAUUCAAAUUUAUUCCAAUCAUGACCCCUGGGGGCAUAGGGCAGGGCCACAAAAGGGGGUCAAAGUUUACCAUAGGAAUAUAUAAGAAAUAUCUUUAAAAAUCUUCUUCUCAAGAACAGCUUAGCCAUUUUUAGUUAUAUUUAUGCAGAAGUAUCCUCAGGUAGUUUACAUUCAAGUUUGUUCAAAUCAUGACCCCUUGGGGUAGGGUGGGGUCACAACAGUGGGUCAAAGUUUUACAUAGGAAUAUAUAGUUAUAAUGGUUAGGGGGCAUUUGAGUAAACAUAUAACGGUUCAGGUCCUGGAGUGGGACUUACCAGUAGUUGGUCAUAUAUUGAAAAUAAAUUACAUCUUUGAAAAAUCUUUAUUACUAAUGUACGUGUAACAGACAAAUUGCUUGUGUGAAUAUAAUGAGUAGCUAAAACAGUUGUAAAAUGUGUGUGGCCCCCAGACCCAGAUAUCAGUUGUUCAUAUUGAAAUUUAUUAUGCAUUGUACAUUAUCUUCAUUUUGAACUUCUAGGAAACAAGCUGUGUGAAUAUGAUAGUGAUUAUAGAGUCCUCAACAAAUUAUAAUUUUGUCAUAUAAGUGAGCCAAAAAUGGUAAUAGCCUGAGAAACUCAUGACACUCAGGUGACUGUGAAGGCCCAUGGGUCUUUAGUCUACUUUUAACCUUCAAUGGUUGUUUGUUUUGUUGUAUCAUAAAAACCGUUUACUUACAUAAAGUUAUCUUACAAGUAUUUUAUAUGAAAAUGUUAAUGUAUACAUGUAAUGAAUUUUGAAAUGUAUAUGUGCAGGGGUUGAAAUUUUUUCUGGAAAACCCACUAGCCCAGGGACUACUGAUCAGUAAAAAUUUACUUGCCCAAACCUCAAACUAGCUAGCCCAACAGUUUUUAUGCAAAAUGAAAACAAAACAAGUUAAAGUUUUAAAUGCUCUGGGGACAGGAACAAAUUAAACUAGUUUUCAGUCAAAAGAAACCAGUCUACAUAGGAAAGCUACAGUAAACUGACGAUCGAGAACUUUUUCCCGUUCUGCUAGUCCGAUGGACUAUCGUUACAUUUAAAUUAGCUAGCCUCAGUCUUAAAAUAACUAGCCCCAGGCGUCGGGCUAUUUCAACCCCUGCUGAUGUGAAAGGUGUUAAUAAAUAUAUACAUUGUAAAUGCAAAAAUGGGAAAAAAAGCAAUAGUUUCAAAUUAAGAUCGAUCCAAUCACAGAUUACAUGUAGUACAAAACGGCAAUGUCUGUUAUUAAAUUCCUCCAUUUAUCUAUUGUGAAAGUAAUAUAUAUAUAUAUCCUUUGGCGCCAUCCUCAGUUAUAAACCAAGGAUUUCUUCACUCAUCUCACUAAAGUUGUGUGUGUUAAUGCCAUUUAUAGUUGACGGUUGAAAAGUUAAAGUCAUCACGUUUAUCAUAAAGCUUGGUUGUUAGAUUACCAUUAACGUCUUUUUCUAGUAAAAUAUCCAAAUAUGAAACAGGUGUGACAGACUCUGUGGUAUCUUUUAUUUCAAGCUCACUUGGAUAUACUGUAAACAAACUUUCAUUCGUGAGCAAGAAAUAUCCGCGAGUUUCGCGACUUUUUUUACUCGCGAAUAUUUAUCAUCGCAAACCAAUUUUUCACCUAGGUAUUUAUGUAGAACGUUGCCUCGGUCGCCAAAAUUAAUAGUCGCGGAUGGAUUCCAAACAGAAGAAUCGCGAAUAAAAGAUGUCGCGAAUAAUACUUGGAUUACAGUAUCGUGUCGACAUAUGAAUGGGAAUAACUAUUAAAUUGAUAAUUGUUAAUACGUCGUCGAUAUAUCUAAAUGUCGAGCUGAAGGCUUCAGCAAGAGAUUUCUUUUUCUCAUGCAUAAGCUUUUGAACACAUUCUGCUUCAUUUGUAUACAAAAAUAGAUCUGCUAACAACGGGGUGCAAUUGGUACCCAUAGCAAUUCCAACAGAUUGUUGGAAGACCUGGUCUCCUACAAAAAUUGUCAAUCAAAAACUUGAGCAUCUUUUUAAUAUCAACUUCAGAGUACUUGUGUGUAGAAUCAGAAUGUUUUUAACAAAAUAAUUUUGCCAAAAAAAAAACUUUUGUGACGAAAAUUGGCCGGCACGCUGCGCCGGGUCGCGAGGCCAUUGAUUUUUUUUUAGUCGUAUGUAUGAGGAUGCCCAAGUUGUGUGUUUGAGAUCUUCUUUAGAGCUGUAUGCCUAAGAGUGUGGAUACAAGUUGUUUGUACUUCUCGUUGGAAUCGUAUGAAUUAUCAUUCCCUAUUGAUUAAUCAUUUAUAUCCAUAUAUAUAGGAAUAAUAGAUAGUGAUGCAAUUGUAUCUGUAAGGACACGGAUAUUAAUUUGGGGUGACUGCUUGAAGUAAUGAGUUAAGAUAACAGUCUUAAUAAAUAAUAAGUAAAUUGUAAUCAAGAUAUAAUGAUACAGAAGCUGCAAACUUCAAAUAAAAGCUUUUAAAAAAUCCUGAAA